CACCUACUUAUAUCAAUCCCUGUUGUUCAGCACUCAGCUUAAACUAACUUUGUUUUUUGGAAAGAAUGAUGCAGUAUCUACCAACUCAUGGUUACGAGCUCAGUAACUGUUCCAGUAUUAUAAGAAACUUGGUAUAUGAUCACGGCGGUGGAGAACUAUCAGCAGUCACGGAGGCACAGUCAGCGGAGGAGAAGGCGACAGCAGCUUGCAAUAGGCACAGCGAAGCUGAACGGAGACGACGAAAGCGAAUCAACGGCCACCUUGCCACCCUCCGCAGCCUCCUCCCCAGCAACGUCAAAACCGACAAAGCUUCGUUGUUGGCGGAGGUAGUCCGGCGAGUGAAGGAGUUAAAGAAGAUGGCGGCGGAACUGGAGCCCAAGGGAACGGAUCAAAGUGAUGAUACGACACGAAAUAUGAUUCCAAGUGAGAAUGAUGAACUCCAGUUAACUUACAUUGGAGAGGAUUCUAGUACGAAGAAGAUGAUGAUAAAGGCGCUGAUGUGCUGCGAGGAUAGGGGUGAACUGAUAGUCGAGUUAACGAGAGCUUUGGGGUUAGUACGUGGGAAAGUGAUGCGCAUGGAGAUAGUGACGUUGGGUGGGAGAAUCAAAUGUGUGUUAUGGGUUCAAGUUUUUGGAGCAACUAGAGAACAAGGGUUACAUGAGCUACGAAGGGCUUUGAAGGUGGUUAUGGAUCGUGGAGCAUUCUUGGAUAUGCCUCGAAAUAAAAGACCACGUAUUUCGGGUUGUAUCUGAUUUGAUUGUAGAGGUAUUGACAAUGUGGUAGGGGUAGGAUGUUUCUUGUAUUUGUGGCACUUUUGAGGGAUUUAUUUGUGUAUUAGUAGGAUUCUUUGUGUUUGUUAGUGAUCACCGUUACCCAACUAGAUGGUUGAAGUUUGUUUAGAAUAAUUUAGAAGUUUCAAGGUUUUUAAGCGUUAAUUAGUACUAUCGGCACAAACUUGUCACCUAAGGUUAAGUCAAGUACGAGUGAGCUUUCCAAGUGUUUAAUGAAUUUAGUAUAUUGUUAUCAACUACUUGGUUUGAUGGUCU